AUGGAGGCACCAGCUGGUUGUGCUGUGCUGCCUGCGGGAAGCUCCCGGCGCUCGUGGCGGCGCUGCCUUGGCUCUUGGCAGGGCUACGGGCGCGGCCACACACUGGCCCUGGCCAUCUGGUCGUCGGCCGGGGGAGGGGACAAGGGGCCGGCCAGGCAGGGCAUCCCCGGGCAGCCCUGCCUGCACCACGGCCAGGGCUCCGCUGACUAUGAGGAGGGAGCCAGCCCCGAGCUCCGGCCGCCCCUGCCCCUCUCUCUCCCUCUGCCGCUGCAGAUCGUGGACCUGGACGUGAAGCGGAACCGGAACCGCGAGGCCCUGCGGGCGCUACAGAAGGACCCGGAGCCCGAGGAGAAGGCCAUGGUUUGUUUCGGGAGCAUGUUCAUCGAGCUGCCGAAGGCGAAGACCCGGGAGAUGCUGCGGCAGGACCAGGAAGAGCUGGAUGAGGAGAUAAACAAGCUCCGGAAAGAUCUGCGUGUGAAGGUCAACCGCCUCUACGAGGCUCAAGGUAAACCUGAGCUGAAGGGGUUUAACCUGAAUCCAAUGUCUGCUGAGGAGAUGAAGCUCAUCAACCGCAUCCUGGAGGGCUGAGGUGGCCGUGCCAUUGUCACAGCACAUGUUUGAACUGUAACCAGGGGGCUCACACUGCAAAAGCCACAGCCCUCAGGGUUUGCAGGACAUUGUGGAGCCCUGGGAAGCAUUUGGCUCCUCAGCUACAACACUGCAGUUUCCUUGGAUCAUGAACCCUUUCCUGCUCUGUGCUGGAACUCGGGUGUCAGAGACGUGCUGGACACAGCGCCGGGCAAAUGCCCGUGGCUGGGGUGGAGGUGGGAUCAUUAAAAUCAGAGCAGUGGGACAUUCCUGA